UUGGAAUUCACCAUGGCGGCAUCGGGACCGUACCAGAGGAAAAUUCUCGAUGCUGAAAUGGACAUUAUUCUGUUAUUACCGUUUUGAUGGAUCCCUAACAACAUGAUGUAGCAAGAAGAGCACAAACUCAGUGGCGGCUCUCUCUAGAGGACCAUGGAUUGUAAUGACAAUGCUGCACAAAGGCGCAUGCAUCCAGCCUCUCUGGUUACCCUGGCAACUGAAUCUAAGAAAACCUGGAAUGGUGUGUCCCAAGCAAAUGGUGGUGGUUCACAUGGAGUGAAGACCUCUGCGGACGAGCCAAUCGGAUCACAGACGUUAAGGCCCUGGAACGUGGAUAAUGGUUUGCCGACUGUCACUGAUCAGCAAGCGAACGUGAAGUGUGCAGAUGACAACAGUCAGUGUAGUAAAGCACUUCUCACUUGGAAAGACUUGUCGCCAACUCAUGUAAAAUGUACGAAUGGUGUUCCUGGUGAUUCUGAAACAGAGCCACCUGUUCAAGAAAGCGAUCAGCAGAAAGUCGUGAUUUCUUGGGGGCAGAAGCACAGCCCAAAUCAGGACGAUAGUUCCGGGUCUCCAAACUCUGUCAUCACUUGGAAGCAGCUUUCUCCAACAAAACAGACAAGAAACGCGUUUGGCUUCUCGAGCCCGGAGUCUAGCGACAGUGACACUGUUAGACAUUAUUCGCCACGAGGGUCCAGAUCUGCCCCUCCAAUGCAGGAGAGCAGUAGUGAUGCGUCAGUAGCUAGUCCCACCCAUGGUGUGCGCUCCAGCGGUGCCGGAAGCGAUGGGAGUACUUAUCUUCCCUCGCCGGAGGAUGGGUUCAGCAAUGAUUAUUUUUAUGAUGAAGACUUUUCCGUUCAGUUUGACACCAAUUUAAAAGACUCGCUCCUUGAAACUGUGCCUUCCGAAGGAGUUUCAACGCCAUCCAUUUUGGAAUUCUCAGACACAAUGACGAUUGACGUGAACGAGGCGUCGUCAACGGUCGACGGAAGUAUUAGAGCGAGUCAGUAUGAAUCGGAACUCUCCGCCAGUGAACAUAACUCUGUGGAUAUGUCCACAAGUGAACGCGAGAUGAUGUGUUCCAGUGACAUGCUGCAGAUCAGUGAUGGUCCCCUGUUUACUCCAACCCCGACGAAUGAGAUGCCUUCGCACAUCUCUACAGACAGCCUGGAUAAAGGUGCGAGAGCGAUGACAGGAAGUGCAAGCACCUCCGAUACAUCCAAGUUUCAAGUAGACUGUGGGACGAAAAAAGAACUGUAUAUGUUAUCAUUCUUUAGCCACCGUGGGAAGCAAACAACGUCGUUGGCUUCGGUCAUGUCCCAGGGAUCAUGGUCCAGCGAUCAACAAGGCAGUCGCUCGCAGUCAAACUGUACGUCACAAGAUGAUAUGGAGGGGUCGAUCUCUGCAAGUCUUCAGACGCAUGUCGACUUAGGAAACCAUCGGUCAUCAACUCGGCAUUCCGGUCAGUCCAGGACAGCCCCAGCACCUUGCCGAAGUCACUCAGAAAACAGUGGCAUGAACCGAAGGCACAUGACAUCACAAGCUACAUCUACAGAAAGCAUUGAGGGAGCAGAUAAGCAGGGUAGAUUGACCUCCUGGAGGAAUGUCAAACAGCGACGAAAGCUUUCUGCAAACUCCAGUCAGGACACGGCAACCAAGGAGAAAAGUACAAGCAAGAGCAUGCCAGAUUUGUACAUGCAGAACUGGCUAGAGAAGAUGUCAGGGUGUCUGGAAGUGACCAGUUCACAAGACACAGGCAGUGACGAGAGUGCUGCCGAAAUGCUACGAGGAUCUGCAACCUCGUUGGUGGAAAUUUACCAGAAGAUGAGAACGGAUCGUUUAAGCGACCAGAAUCUUGGCGAAGGAAACAUGUUAAGCAGUGAAGGCAAGGACAGUGUGUUUUCUGACCAAGGUGGAGCAGAGGAUAAGCCCUCCACUCUGCCCCAAAGACCGAUGAAACUCCCACCAAGGUUUUAUACGUAUUCGUCCGAAAGUGAGACUAGCACGGACAUCCGGCAGAGAAAGUUUCCAGGCCACAUGGAUCAGAAGUUCACAGGUGUUCAGACGUCUCCUCAGACCUCUGAACCUGGUGGAUAUAAACGGGGACACACAUUGCCGAGGACGUAUAAGAGAAGCCUUUCGUCACCGGCCAGGUGCUUACAUGCGUGCCCAAGCGCAUUUUCCUUGUCUGGCACAGAAAGGGAAACCCAGUGUCCUGCUCAGUUCCUGGCAGAUCCAGUCACACCAUGGCAGGGUACUAAAAAUUUCUCAGCACAGUUUCCGCCAAACACUCGGGACUGUGGAAUUCAAACCUCCUCGCCAGACAGGCAGUUGUUGAGUGACAAACAAAUGCAGACAUCCCCUGAUAGACCAUGCGAAGCUUUCCCCUGCCUGAAACAUCCCCCAAGUCCCGAAUCUCAGAAAGUACCUUCUCCUCAGCCCUCUCCGACAAGAUUGUCCCGGUCUGCUCAAGUGCGAAGACCUCCUGACUGUGAGGAUGGGGCCAGACGCUGCGCACUGAUACGGCCACACAGCAUCGGACCCAUCGGCCAGGAGGAGGAACGACGAUUUCCAACGUAUGACGCUGUUGUGCCACGCUGCAACUUGCGCGAGAAACGAGGCUCCAGCCUCUCCCCUAGCCGACGAAAUACACAAAGCUUCUACUCCCACCGUUCACUGCCGGACCUGAGCUUCCUGACCGACAGAUCACCGACGAGUUCUCCGGUACACCCAGUUCCAACAGAACCCAGCUCCUGCCCCACGUCUUCAUCACCAUCAAAGCCUGUGUUCUUUACACCCAGGGUGGGUGGGGUCACAAACCCUUGUGGCGGGAUUUCUCCUAAGGUCCCACAAAAUUUCCACCCGUUGCCAUACUACCCGAAUUUACAACAGCACGUUUGUAUGCACCCAGGUGAAGUCGUGGAGGGACUCAACAUAGAGGUUGCUCCCCAGAGGCAGGCUCGGCAUAGUCGUGCUUCAAGAUCUGAAUCUGGACGAAAGAGCGGUACGGGACAUGCACCCCAGUCUGCGUCCAGUAGCAGUGGCUUCAGCACGAGCUCCACUUCUUCAGGGAUUGACCCUGGUUACCAUGACAACCGCCACUCCCCUCCGAUGGCGGAUCAGUUUCCAGCAGGGUGUCAUGUUUGGGAUAGUCGGCAUAAGUUUAUAGAAACAGACGGGGGAUGUGUGUACUACCACAGUUUGCCCAAUCACCUGCCCCCAAGUUUUAUUUGUGAGGAAGAGAAAAUGGACUUUUACUCCUGCAUGUGUGUCAAACCUUCAGUGCAGGAAACCAAAAUGUACGCUUACAAGUAUGAGCGCUUUCCUGAAACCCACCAGAGUUAUCUCCCCUCUAAAUCACGGCAAUCGUUGCCACCAGAAGGCCCUGCUCAAGAUGGUGGCCAGGAGCUGAUUUUGGAAGAGCACUCCUCGAGCAGUGGCCUGGGAACGACUGAUGAUAUGUACUCUGUGCACGAAAAUGAGUCUUCAAGCUCCCCGGAGAACGGCAGUAACCCGGACAGAAUGUCGAAAAACUUUUGUGCAAGUGGUGCAACAGAGGCAGCUUGCACGGUUUUAGCGAGUAACGGGGUGGUCUUACGGCGAGGACGAAACUGGCACCACGCUGAUCAAGGAUCAUCAGAAACAGACUCUCAAAGGGGCUCCAGUGAUAAUCUGUCGGGCGGGAAUAGCUCUGGAAGUGGAGGCGAGGAUCGCAAACCGUUAAAGUCAUGCCUACGGAGACGCAAACUUGAACGGCGAUGUAGAUCAAUGUCCCUGAGUGACCCAUUCCGAUUGUACGAAGGUUACUUUACCCCUGGGGCAAGAGUUAAGACCAAUCACCGUCAUUCGUAUGCAUGCGAUGGACAUCCCCUCUAUGUGGACUGUCUUUAUGAAAACUUGGACAGUUCGCAGUUUGCUGACAUGAUGGAUUGGUACAGAACAACCUAUAUGCAGGACGUCCACCUUCCUCUCACGGCGCGUCAGUGUGCCUGCGGGGGAGAUGCACCAGACGUGAUGAGGCCAGAGAAAACACCAUCAGGCGACUUAGCCAAGAUAGCGAGCGGAAGUGGCACCUUUGGCGAAACGCAAUCCAGCGAGGCCAAUGAUGACAGCAUGGAGAGGAAGGAAAAACGUAAAAGUGUCAGUUUUGCGUCUGAAGUGUCAUUUCAUUCUCCAUUGCCCAGCCCUCAGUGUUCACCAAAACGCCAGCAGAGCACUUCCCCUGUUGCGGGUAAACCCUCGUCGGCGUCACAAGGUCAGACCACACCCAAACAGGUGCCCCACCCAGGGCCAUGGGCUGUUGACAGUUCACCCAAAGGUGUACCCGUGCCCUCAGCUCCCCUGCACGUCCACGUUGCUUCAGAUGAAGACUCCAGUAUUGACGCCCCACCCUCAGAGUUUGCUGUCCUCUCCCCCGAGGGAUGGGAGAGAGCCACAACUCUGACACAAAUGUCACGUGUAUGGAGAAGAAGAGAGGUAAUUUACCUGUCUGACAUAUGCAGAGCCGCCGAAGCAUUGGUGGCACACUUCUCACAGAGCAAAGGGCCCUUUGACAAGCUACGUCUUGGGAACAGCGUGGACACCCCAGAAGUAGGUCACUUGGUCCUGUCACAGCUCUGCCCUGCCAUUGCUCGUAUCAUCAGCGAUGGACUCAAGCCGUACAUGUCUGGUCUCCAUGUAUUCGGUCGUAUUCAGGUCACUGUGUGGAGAGUGGCUGAAGUAUCAGCAGAGCUGGGUCCAUCCACCCGAGCUGUCCACGACCUUGUGAAGGAUGUCAGGAACAGGUCUGACCUUGUCUCCAUGAGACAGAAAUUUGAGGCCUUCAUUUUUGGCCUGUUGAAUUUGCGUCUGCUGGACUUCUGGAUGGGCUACACAAGACAUAAGGACAAAGUGGUGGGCAAGCUGUACGAGGCCGAUUCUAUCCUCUGUCUAAGUCACACGUCAUUACAGAGGGCGUUUGAUGAGAUGCUGGUGUCCCUUCAGCCAUUGGCUAUUCUACCGUUUCAGCUGGACACAAGUUUUGUGGUGGCAUAUCACACCAACAAGCUUCAAGGGGGAACUUUGAGUGUGACUGGUCAAGAAGAGUCACAUGUCAACAAUCCUGAUGGGCACCUGGUGUUAAAAAGCAGUGUGAAAGGGGAGAUAACCAGCGGGGGAAUGGAACACAGUCAGCUUCCUGCAUCUAACAAAACGUCGUGGAGUUGGCUAGGGGGCUCUUACAUGUCAAACACCCUGCCUCGUGCAAAGAGUUUGGUUUCAAACAUGGCGCAGCAGUGGUCUCCUAAGGUUUCUAGGCUGCACAAUCGUGCAGUGCGCAGUCUGACCAUGUUAAGUAGUGGCUCAUCGACGUCAUCAGUUGGUCCAGUUGCAGGAAGUCAGGAUAAAUUAGAACAGUGUCUACCGGGAACCAAAGGAGAGCUGUUUGUUAAGUCACAGAGCGUGGACUCCAGCAGCAGUGGCAGUGCUUGUGCAUACACCAAACCGGAAAGUUCAAGUGAACGUGACUUGGGCAGUUUACAAAACCUUCCGCAGGGUAACCUUACAUCUGAUGAAGACUCACAGACAGAGAGCAGCCACGGCAUGUCCAGGUUUGCUACCAAACUCUAUCACCUGGCCGCAGGUAAAAUCGAAGGCGUUGUACCUGUGUACCGCCGGGAUGUCACUGAAUAUUACUUUGAAGGUGACAGUGACAAUGGAGGAACGCCAAGGGUCCAGACACCAGGAACGGAGUCCUCCUGCUCAAGCAGUGACGUGCAUAGUCCUGUACAGACCUGGCGCGAUGUCCGAAGGACCCCUGUGGCCGGUAACCAGGGUGUCAUUCCGCCACCUAAACCACCGAGAACUCUACUGGCUCAGCACGCAAACAAACCCACAUCAGCCUCAAUGAACAGCUUGGUGUCGCCUUCAUCUGCUUCUUCCAUGGCAUCAUCUCCUUCAAAAUCAAAAAACUCUUUUGACCUCAUCAGACUGUUUGACAAACUGUUGUUACCCACUGGCUCAAAACAACAACAACAACUCCAAGAGAAGGAUUGUGACGUCAGGCCCCAGAAACCCAAACGCUGGAGCUGGACACCCUUAGGGAAUGGCGAAGCUCUGAGGGACAUUGAUGUCGUUUCAGAUCAUUACGGCACCGUGAGCACGUUCAAAAGUGAAUCCCCAAAACCACCGUCUUCCAGAAUACCUGCUAAUCCAGAAAUUCCCAAAACUGUCACAGAAAAAGUUGCAGAAGCUAAGAAGUCUUCUAAUCAGAUUACCCUGGCUGAUGGUCCCGUGCUAACCUUACCCCCCAGUGCACCUCCUAAACCGGAAUCCCCUGCGGGGUCUUUGGUGGGAGCGGUGGGAUGUUACUCCGGCAUCGUGGAGUCAGAGAAGCUUACCUUGUCGCUGACGUUUGAUUCAUGUGCUUCAUCACGUUUCAAUGAAGUUGACGGCAAUGCCAACAUCGUGAGAAGCAUGGAAAAAAUUCCAGUUCACUCCUGCUCGGGUGCAAAUAGCAAAUGUGAGAGGUCGUCGUCAAGUUCUAACCGAUCAGCAUCAUCAGCUCAGUCCACCAAUCAGCAGAGUACCUCAUCACAUGUGCCUCAAAGCUCAACCACUCAGAUGCUGCGAAACACAACUGAAGGCUCAUCAUCAGAUUCUGACCAAUCGAAAUCAUCCUCAUCAUCUGACCAAUCAGAAACAUCCACACCAUCUGGAGCAGCCAGUGAAACUACAACAGAGAAAUUCAAAAUGCCUGAGUAUAGGUAUGUAGAAACACGGAAUGAACAACUUGUAGCUGAUGGGGAAAACCACAUGACCUAUGCUGCCGGGGAGUUUCUCGAGGUUCUGGCACAGCUGGAUUCUGAUUGGCUGUUCUGUGCCAGCGGAAAGAAGGAAGGCCUGGUGAAGUUGUCUGACGUGAGGCCAGUCAGCGAAGGCGAACUCUUCAGUAAUCUUCACAGUGAUUUCUACAACUGAGGAGAGCAGAUCUGCUUCAAAAUGUUUGUGAAAACUUUUAUAUAUACACAGAAAAGAGUACUAAAUAUUUCUCGCUGUUACAGUUUAAAAUUGUUCUUGAUUGAAAUUGCUGACGUGAGUCCCUAGAGUGUCUGGAGAGACUUUACAAUUUGCUGCAGCCAGUGUUAAAAAGUCUAAAAGAUUAUUCUGUAACAUUACAUGGUUACCUCCCCUGAAUCCAACGUUAUCGGUUUGGAUUAAGGCUGCGUCCACAGAUAAUAGAACUAUAUAAAGUAGUCUAAUCAAGAGUGAAGCACAUAGUAGAUGAGAAACCAAGAAAGGCUGUUUAGUGACUGUGAUUGUACAAGUGGAGCAGUCACAACACUUAUUAUAUAUGCAUCUGGUAUUCUCACUUCAACAUGGGAGGGGUUUUUUUUCUGGAAAUUUGUGCCAUGAAAUUGCCAGUGAGCAAAUCAACAGUUAC